CAACAUGUUAGCUUACUUAGCACGAUUGUCAGUUUCAAUGAAAGUUUGUCAAAUUGAGAUAAUCUGUGCCCGUGUACGGAAGAAGUUAAAAGUGUUUCGAGAAAACCCAAAUGUGCAUUUACAUGUUAAAAGUGAAUGCUUUAGUUUGUUUCUGUUGCUUUACAUCGCACUCUAACCACCAUUUAACUUUUGCCUGAACUGUUUCCGAAUAAAAAUGACUCUGGUAAAGUCAUCAAACAGUAGAGUGAACUGCUAUCAACCACUUGGCAAUAUCGAGAAAGAGGAGAGAACACGGGCAGUGACCAUGGAGGCUGUAUUUCACCCCCUCUUCACCACAGCUGGCCAGAUGCCUUGGUUGCUUCUGACUCUGUUAACAUCGUGGACAGUCUUGUGUUCAGCAGAUUUAAAGCAGACAAGGUGGCCAUUAUAUUCCCAGACGCCAGUUCUUCUUGCUUGGAAUGCCCCAACACAGGAGUGUGGUCCGUGGCAUAGCGUAACUUUAUCUCUGGACCAGUUUGACAUUGUGGCAUCCCCCAAUGAGGGCUUUGUCCGACAGAACCUCACAAUUUUCUAUAAGGAGCGCCUUGGGUUGUAUCCCUAUUAUGAGCGUAGUGGCACUGCAGUGAAUGGAGGCCUUCCACAGCUUGCCAGCCUCACUCAGCACUUUGAAAAAAUGCCUGACGGUUUGCAAAAAUAUAUACGUGAGCCACAAGCAAAAGGUUUAGCUGUUAUUGACUGGGAGGAGUGGCGCCCAUUGUGGAUUCGAAAUUGGGAUAUUAAAGAUAUUUAUCGGAGUAAGUCUCGUGAAAUGGUGGCCCAAAAGAACCCAAAGUGGACCCCAGAACAAGUGGGAAAAGUUGCACAGCAGGAAUUUGAACUAUCAGCUCGCAAAUUUAUGCUGGAGACUCUGAAACUGGCCAAAAGUUUGAGGCCAAAUCAGCUGUGGGGCUUCUACCUGUUUCCAGAUUGCUACAACCAUGACUACAGGAAUGACUUGGAAAACUACACAGGACGCUGUCCAGUUGUGGAAAUGGGCCGCAAUGAUCAACUUAACUGGUUGUGGAUGGAGUGUACAGCGUUCUUCCCAUCUAUAUACAUGGGCUCAGUACUUGCCUCUACGAAUUAUGGGCGCCUCUUUGUCAGAAACAGGGUGAAGGAGGCAAUGCGACUGGCAUCUGUUGGGGAUGGAUUAGCUCGGCCAGUUUUUGUUUAUACCCGCCCUACUUACAUGAAUCAGAUGACCCUCCUAUCUCAAACAGAUCUGGUCUCCACCAUUGGCGAGAGUGUUGCACUUGGAGCUGCAGGUCUGAUCUUCUGGGGGGACACCUCCUAUGCAAGCAGCAGUGCCAGCUGCACCGUCAUAAAUGAGUAUCUUAAGGGACAGCUGGGCCAGUACCUCCUCAACGUCACUACAGCUGCAGAACAGUGCAGUCAGGUGCUGUGUAAAUCCCAUGGCCGCUGUCUGCGCAAAAUAUCAGACAAUGACGUGUACCUGCAUCUCAGCCCCUUAACUCACAGCAUCACAAGUCAGGGCGGCCAGCUGAAGGUUACAGGCGCACUUGGCCCAGCUGAGCUGGCUUAUUUCCGCACACACUUCCAGUGCCAAUGCUACAGUGGGUACAGGGGUGAGGCCUGUGCUGAGAAAGAAGGGCAGAAUAGAGCUUCCUCUGUCUUAGGGACCUGGCCUCUUUGCCUUUUACUCCCACUAGGGCUCCUUACUCUACUACACGGAGGAAACUGAGAAACCCAAACUAUUCACUGCUUCUGCCAGCUCUGAAGAGCACAGGUCAGACUUUCAGUAUGAAUUUGCUAAGUUAUAGUUAUGCACUAUAGAAACUGAUGCAUUUACAACAGCAGACACUCUCUCCUAAUGUCAGAGAUGAGCCAUGUAUGACAGGAGAUUUUUAUCCCAGUACACAGACCCAUCAAACUGGAACAUUUGUGUUUGACAAGCUGCACUGGCAGAGCUCCGACUUUAGAACUUCCUCUUGGAACUUAUUUUCAUUCAUCAAUUCGAAAAAAACCAACUUUUUAAAUUAUAGCAAAUGAUGUCAAAAAUAAGACAUCUCUUAAAGGCCUCUUCCAUACUUCAGAUUAGAAGAUAGAUACUCUAUACUAUAGCUGCACAUGUGUAUUAGUGCAAGUCGCACAAUGUUGAUGCACACUUUAAACAUUGUUGUUUCUUUCUGUCGUUGAAGCCUUAUGAAUGAAAUGUAAAUUGUCAAUUAUGCCAGAUGGUGAUAAAUUAUGAGAAAUGGAGCCUUACAUUUUUUAAGGUACCUUUAGCUUACAGAAACAACAUGGCUGGACCUGCCUGUUUCAGUUUUAAUAUGUGCCUUAACCGUGCUACAGUAUGAAGUGCUCUUUUUAAUGGUCACCUUUGUUUAGAAGUUUUGACUUUUGAGGUUUUAACAACAGUGUUUAUCUCAGCCCUAUGCUGCACCCUGUGCUUUAUACUGAUAUGAAUGAUAUACUCCCAUUAGUUUUCAUCUGAAUUAACAAGUAACAUGUACAGUAUAUUUAAAGUUUGAACAGAUCUGUAAAGUGAGAUACGAAAGGCUUCAUUUUAUUUAAUUGCCAUAGGUGUCUUCUAUUUGACAUGGAUAUCACUGUGAAAACAAUUUAUGGAUUUAUUCACACAGUAUGUAAUGAUAAAUCAUUUACACAAAUGUAACCUGGUUGGUUAAGCUUGGCCAGAAUUCUUUAAUAUCUAAGGGAUCCUUAAUGUUUAGGAAUUUAAAAAAAUAUAUAUUUUGGUCUCAAAUAUCAAAAUCUUGCUCGGAAAUCCAGUAUUGCUCUGACCCAUUAACAAUUAACAGUUUAGAUGUGAGGGUGCAGUUUGAGAAAGGGAGUUCCCUUUAGGGACACUAUUGAUAGCAACUACUGUAGGUACAUCUUCAUAUUAGUUUACUGCCCUGUAAAUAUAUUUUCUAGACUAUAGCUGGCUGAACAAUUACCUAUUUAUACAUUCAGUUCUGUAUUUAUUCUCUCUGAUAACACUCAUAAAGUACUUUAGCUACCUAAAAUUAGUAUUAUUAGAAUACAAGGUAGGUUUACUGUUUUUCAUAUACCAAAUACUAUUGAGGUCAAAUGUUUCAAGUAUCCUCAAAAAAUGUUAAUACUGCACUUUAACUUUUGUUCACACCAUCAUAUGAUGUGUGCUGCCAUUGAUUAUCUCACUCAAGUAAGUUUCUUGUCUCAGUGCAAAUCAGUGGCUGUCUGAAGCAUAAAUCUAUCAAGAGUCUAAAACAGUGAAUCUGUAAUAUAUAAUUUAUGGAAUUGUACAUUUUGAAAAACAAAUCUGAAAGAAAUCGGUUUUGUAUUUGAAAACAUUUCAUCUUAAACAGUUAUUUGAAUGGAUUAUUUUGUUUUUCUUAUUUUAUGAAGCCUAUAUAGGCUAUAGUG